GUUUCUAAUGGCAGCAGCUUGCUUGUGUACUAUCAAUAAAGGUUUUUAAGUGUCUGGAAUAUAAAUAUACAAACUAUGGAAACUGUUCAAGAAGAACCAGAGGAGACCCCUCCAACAAAAGUUGAAGCCGGGACCAGUCCCUUAGAACAAGAGGAGGAGGCUACUACAACAAAAGCUGAAGUAGGGACCAACCCCCCAGACCAGGAAGAGGAACGUCCUGAGAGAGUUGACACAGGGACUGACCCCCUGGAUCAAGAAGAGGAGGGUCCUUCCCAAGCAACCAUGGAGGAGCCGGCGAGCAAAACAACGGACCUCAGUCAAAGAGGUUCCCGAAAUCUGGCACAGAUGGAUGGGGAGGAGGUGGAUACCAGUAAAAUGAAAUAUGUCGAGGGAGUUCAGUGUGCUAGAGUGGAUGUCAUGGAUACAGGGUUCACAGUGCCAGAGGUCAUCAUUAUGGAAGGUCAAGGUGUUUUGUUUGAAAAGGGAGGCAGAAAGACCCUGGAGAUUGUCCAGGUGAUCCAUGAUGGUGACAACCUGAGACCUGUGAUUGGUGGAUUUGGUUCCAAAGAUGCCAAGGUCAAGGACAAACAAGACAACUAUAUUCAGCAAUUCAAUUUAGAAGGAGAAUAUAAAUUUGCAGUGUCUAAGAUACGCUGUACCCCCCUGACUGUGAUUGUAAGACGACGUCUGCCAUUGAGGGCGGGCGUGACAGAUGACGGUUUUAACCCCCAAAUUAUUGCCGUUGACCAGGGGGACACAGUUGAGUGGUCGUGGAAGGACUGUACCGUGCCUCACUCUGUACAAGAAGUAAAUUAUCUGUUUGACAAAGGGGUGUUUGUCAAAACUCAAUGGCCUGAUGGGGCAAGCAAUGUUGUAAGAACAAUCACAGGAAACUUCUCCAAAAAAUUUCCGCGUCCAGGAAUAUAUUUUUUCCAGACAGAAAGUUCUGAACUUCACAAGCAACAUUUCUGUGUGGUCAGAGUCAGGCAAAGUAUCAGGGAGUAUAAGGUGGAGAUAUCAGACCGAGCCUUCCAUCCCCCCGUGUUACUGAUAGAGACCGGGGACAGGGUCUGGUGGUACUGGGACAAAUUCAAGUGCAAGAAACACCACUGUGUAUACCAGAUAGAGGCACCGACCUUAAACCAGGAUGAUGAGGAACCGUAUCAACCGGUUCAGAACGGCUUCAGGUGGAGUCAACCAAGUAAGCAGGGUCUGCUGUCCCACGUGUUUACAGAGCCUGGUGUGUUCUAUUACUCUGAUCAGAACUUCCAGGAAGCAGCGGAGUACAUUGGUACUGUGAUCGUCAAACCCAAACCAAAGGAACACAGGGUAAUGAUCAAAGAAGAUGGGUUUGAACCAGAUGUUGUAAGAAUCAGAACAGGGGAGAGAAUCUGGUUUUGGUGGAACCCCAUUCUGUUUUCUAAGAAAAAUGUCCCUGUUUUACUGAGGGAGGUAGAAAAAUGUCUGAAUCCAGCAACGAAGCGACCCUCCACUCCAGAGGAUGAAUCUAAAUACCAGCACCCAGAUGAAGAGACUGUUAAACUGAUCACAGAUGUGGGAUUUGCGACAGUAUUUUAUUCCACAACAGGAGUGUAUCAGUACAGGGUACGGAACUCGACGGUGUGUUCGGUGAUCGUCAGCCCAGGAGAAAAGAAUCACACGAUUCACCUGACAGACAGUGGACCGGAACAGAAGGUCAUCAUGUCGGUCCGACCCAAUGACCGGGUCUGGUGGGUCUGGCAGAGCACUAAGAAGCAGCACAAUGUCAUACAGGUGUCCCAUCAGGGCGACCCUAUCCCCGGGGGGUUCUGCAGUGGCAUGCCUCGCGACUCACCCUCAGCAUUCGUACAUACUUUCGAAUUUCCAGGAGUGUUUUACUAUAAAAGUCAAAGUUUACCAAAGAUAUUUGGAGCCGUGGUGGUGACUACACAGCCAGUGGUUCACGAGGUGGAGGUGGGGCCCAUUAUACGUCCUGACCCCAUCUCUGUCAAAGUUCACGACAUCGUAUGCUGGAUCUUCAGCAAACCACAGAAAGAGAACGUGCUCGAAAUCACCCACCCUGACCAAGUUACACCUGACCUGCAGUGUGAGGAAGUCAGCCCAAGGUCUUGUUUGAGCAAAGCUAUUGACAAAACAGGAGUGAUGCAUUUCUACAGCAAAUCCUUCAACAAACAAAAGAAAAAUAUAGAAAAUUACCUGGAGGAUGUGAGGUUCAGCAGUGUCAUCAGUGAUGAGCGUUAUGACAACACAGUCAUCAAAGUGGACAAGGAAGGGUUCCAUCCACAUUUUGUUUAUGUACAGAAGGGAGAGAGUGUUAGGUGGACUUGGAUUAACACAGAUGAAGAACACAACAUUAUCCAUGUCACUUCACCAGACAGCAAGGUUCCAAUCAAGGAAAAAAUUGUCACUGGAAUCCGAGGUUUUCGUAGUGGCGUGUUGGAGAAAAAUCGAGAGUUUUUACACACAUUUGAUAGGAUCGGACAGUACUUUAUUAUGUCUGAGGGGGCCCCUGAUGAAAUCUGUACUGUUUUUGUAGUUGAUGCUGAUCAUGUAAAGGAGCCCUCCAUAGCUCCAAACUCCUUGAAUGGAGGCACUGUCGAUCAAUUCAGCAAAAUAGAACUGACCUGUGAAACACUCGGAUCCAAAAUUUUCUACACCACUGAUGGAUCCCCACCUGAACUUCACAUUGAAUCGGCAAAGCUAUACAACCCAGAGAAAGGUGUCAUUCUAAAGAAACAUGGUCUGUGUUUUAUAAGAGCUAUGGCAGUAAAGGAAGGACUUCUCAAUAGCUCCAUUUUUACCUCAAAGCGAUACUGGGUUUUGGCCAAAGAGGGCACAAUGGAGGAAAGUUCCUCAGAAACGGAGACGUCUACCGACCAGAAGGAGGAGAAGAGACAGACUCCACAGAAAAAUGAUAACUGGGACUGGUGGAGUUGUGCCCCAACCAUUAAGGCCUGCUUUACUGACCCCGGGGUCAUGGAGGUGUUCUGGGAGGAACCAAAUGCUGUCCAGAAGAAACUCAUCAAAGGUUACCAGAUUUUCCUGAAUGGUGUGAGGUACUGUGAAAUGUUCCCGCCCAAUAACAAUAGCCUUAACAUCACUGGACUGGCAGGAAAUCGGAUCUACGAAGUUUACGUAGAGGUCUAUUCCUUGGACAAAAAACUCAACCCUCAGACCUCAAACAAACUGACAAUGAAGGUGCCUCUUAUGACAAAGGAGGGAGGACCAGUGAUCUCCCUUGAGCGGGCUAACAAGCAGGAUGCCCUGGUGGUGGUGUGGAUGUCUAUAGACACCACCGAGUACCCCAUCAAGGGCUACCUCGUCUUCCUCAAUGACCAGCAGUGUGGCGCCAUGCUUGUGCCUGAUCCAGACAAGAACCGAUGUAAGGUUUUCAUUGGUGGAUGUGAACUGAAUAAGGAACACAAGAUCUAUGUUGUUGCUCUCCCAAAAGACAAUGUGGAGGAUGGGCGUAUGUCCAACGUGAUUGAGGUGGUCCUCCCGCUCGAUACGUCACAGAUCGUCCUCCCAGACGAAGACGAGAGACUAGACCAGGAGGAACUCUACCAGGAGUACAUCUCCAUACAGGAAGGAAGUGGUUAUCUGGCGGCCAUGGAUGCAAAGCGUCAUCACAUUGAAACUAACAACAUACCACCUCUCACCACCAGCUACCAGUAUACCAGUAAAAAACCAGCAUCUGACAAAAGAUCAGGUGCCCCUGCUGUGGUAGAAGUUGAAGAUCCAAGAUACAGAGAAUACUCGGAUGAUCAGAGCAUGAUGACGGAUGAUAACUAUGAGAAAGGAACACAAACACCAAGAGGAAAAUCUCGAGUGAAAAAUCUCAGAGACAGCUAUGGCUCAGGUGAUUUCUCAGAGGAGCGAGCUCAAUCUCGACGAGCACAGAUAUCUGACUCAGAGAGUGAGACUGAGUCUGAGACAGGCUCAUCAGAAACCGAAAGUGAAACUGAAAGUGAAACCGCCUCAGAAGGGACAAGGUUAUCUAAUGAUGGAAGUGUUAUGGUGGUCAGCAUGAAAGAUGCAAAGUACGCGCCAAAGGUCACGAGAGAGGUCGUGCAGCAGAGCAGACCCAGGAGCAGCUACAUCAUGAGAGAUGAUAAAACUGACACCGGGACACAGUCGGACAUCACCCCCAGACCUCCUUCUGCCAGGCGGUAUCGAGAUACACACAGCGCUCGCUCAGAUCUGAGUACACCAAGGUUAGCUCGGCGGGCACUCAUUGAAGUAGAAGAGACAGCGUCUGUGGAUUUGAAUGAAGACCACAUGAUGAAGAGUGUUGUUGUGUCCAAGGAAAGAGGAAGCAGGCGCCGCCAAGUGGAGGAAGGGGAGCCUGUAUAUAACCCUGCCAAUGAUGCACAAGUGGGCGUACCUGCUCCAACUAUCAAGGUAUCCAGUAUGGGCAAAUCUGGGCUGAUUGUGGAAUGGUACAUUGACAAUCGUAUGGACUCGCAGUAUGAAGUCCAGCAGUAUAUAAUCAACAUUGUGGGCCGAGACUUCAGUGCUAAGGAUAUCAACAGUCAUAUCAGUUUUGAGUGUAACCUUGUGGAUAACAGAGGUCACAGUGUCAGAGGGACGCAGCAUUGCUGGACUGUGGACGGAAACAAACGUAAAAUCAACAUCCGGGGUCUGUACCCGGACAACACAUACAGGGUGUUUGUGGUGGCCAAUUAUGGUUUCCGUGAUGAUGAGGAGGAACAGAAGCCUAUAGAAGUCCAGGCCACAUCUCCUGUGAUUUACUACACAACAAUAGGGCCCCCUCUCCCUCCAUUUGUUAGGGUUCUUAAUGUCGGGCUGUAUCAGACGACAGUGCAGUGGGACCCUCCUAGACUACAGAGUGGGCUGGAGUUACUGGGGUAUAAAAUCUAUGUGGAUAACAAGGUCCUACGAGGUCUGCAGAGGAAAGACACUCGACAAUUGGUCAUUAAUGACCUGGUGCCAGGAAAGACAAUAGCUGUAUCGGUGGUGGCAGUCCUGAGACAGAGUGGUAUAGAGAGUGAACCCUCCCGACAGAUACACAUCACCUGUCCUAAGAGACCCCCUCCCCCUCACGUCAGUCAGCAGCCCCUUCACAAACACGGCAGUGUGUUAGUGGCCUGGGACAAACCGGGAGGGGUCAGGAGAGCUGUGGCCCAGGAGGGAAUCACCAGUUACAGAAUAUAUGUCAAUGAUAAGUACUUUGGGAAGAUAGAUGCCUCCCCCAAAAUGGAUCGUCAAGGUUACCAGUAUGUGAUCACUGGCCUUAACCCCGAGGAAAGCUAUGAUGUCAAGGUCAAGAGUAUGGCUGGACAGAAGCAUGUAGACCCUGACCAGAACCACAUUUUCUGUAUCAGUGAGAGUGCCUUCUCUAACACCAUCCCUGUCCAGGCACCCGCGGCCCCCAAAUCUCCCGAGCUCAGACUGGAGAGCAUGACCCCACAGGGAAUCAGGGUCACAUGGCUUGCACCACAACAGUACGGCGAGGCUGAAAUUUCUGGUUACCGUCUACUGAAGAAUGGUAAACUGUACGGACAUGUGAUGGGCCCCGACGUUAACGCUGUAGAUAUUACGGGGAUCUCCCUGGGUGACAAGGUCGUCCUUCAGCUGGUAGCCUUAACAAAUCAUCCAGUAGGAAAACUCGAGCGAGCCCUCCUGGAGCUUGAGAGGGAUGAAUCAUCACCACGACAACAAGCACAACUCACUGGUACUGAUCAGAAAGUGUUCACUCUGACGGAGGGAGUGAAAACUAAGGGCUGGACUAAAACAGAGUCUACUAACAAACUGGAGGAUAUGUUGCUGGGAGAGAAAUAUGCGGGUUGUCGACCAGGUCCUAAGCUGACCGUUCACUACACAGGUCUGGUCAAGGCUCCAGAUGAUGUGUGGCUGGAACAGGUGACUGGUCACUCAGCACUCGUGGUCUGGAAAAAAG